UCAACUAGCAGUUGUUGAUUUCAAUUUAGUUUUUUUCUAUUAAAACCAAUUAAGUAGAUUUUAUUUGGUUAAGGUGUUGUCCAAAUCAAUCUGUUGUCAAUUUUUACCAUAUCAUUGUUUUUUGUUACCAGCAGUAAGCAAAGUGUCCUAAAAUCGUUUCUCUUGCUCUGUUUGUGCUUGUUUGAAUGAGUUAUUUGUUAAAUCAAUCAGGAUCCAAAUUACUACCUUCAACAAGGUGUAACCUGUUCAUCUUCAAUCAUCGUCAUCUUCCUACUUAUUUCAUUUCUACAAAAUUUGAUCAACAUUUUUCAAAUUGAUCUCACUCAAAAGUAUAGAGUUUUUUCUGUGUCAUAUCUUUCUCAGCUGUAAUAUUGAGCAGCUCUCCAUCUUUACUACGCAAAAAUCGUUUCGGGUAAAAUGAGCCGUAGUAUCGACGUAAAUCAAGUUAAUGAUAGUGAUCCGUCCAGCAAAUCUAACGGUAAAAACAAUGGAGGUAAAGUGCGGCAAUUGAAAACUGUGUGUUUAACUACAAGUAGUGAUCCUGGAGAUAGACUAGUUUUGGUUGUUGAUGAUACAAGAUUCGUAAUUGAUAAAACGUCAUUUGUUUUGUACCCUGAUACGCUAUUGGGAAGAAUGUUUGGUCCAAGAGUCGCAUCUGGUGCAUCUUCCAUCACCCGGCCUAAUGAUAAGGGUGAAUUUGAAGUUGCGGAAGGAAUUACAUCUCAUUGUUUCAGAGCCAUUCUUGAAUAUUAUAAAUCCGGUGUUAUCCAUUGUCCACCAAGUGUUCCUAUUACCGAAUUGCGUGAGGCCUGUGAUUAUCUAUUGAUACCCUUUGAUGCAACUACAAUUAAAUGCCAAAAUCUCGGUGGCUUGUUACACGAAAUCAGUAAUGAAGGCGCUAAAUGCCAAUUUGAGUAUUUCCUGGAACAACAUAUAUUCCCUGCUAUGGUCGCAUCAGCUCAGCGAGGAGAAAGAGAAUGUCACAUUGCUGUUCUUACUGAUGAUGAUGUCGUUGAUUGGGAUGAUGAGUUCCCUCCUCAAACAGGACAAGAGCAUUGUCAAAUAAUCUACAAUUCUGCGUUAUAUCGCUUCUUCAAAUACAUUGAAAAUCGAGAUGUUGCUAAGCAAAUUUUACGUGAUCGAGGAUUAAAAAAGAUUCGUCUCGGAAUUGAAGGUUUUCCUACACAUGAAGAGAAAAGACGCCGACGACCAGGAGCUCGACCAGAGGUUAUCUACAAUUAUGUUCAACGACCUUUUGUUCGCAUGUCAUGGGAAAAAGAAGAAGCCAAGUCAAGACAUGUCGAUUUCCAAUGUGUCAAAUCAAAAUCGAUCACCAAUCUUGCCAAUGUAGAUGGUGUAGAAGGAUCAAACGACGAUAAUGCUUCAAAUAGUAGCUCAUGAUAAUUAUGUUCUUUAUGGUCUACAAAUGGUAACACGAAGCUGCGAGAAAAGCUUGAAUGCACAAAAAAAUCUGUCUUUCACAGUAUCUUUGAAUGUAUACCCGAUUGUUUACUGAUUUUCCUGUUACACAAGAUCAGCAAACGAAUGAUGGAUCUGCCUCUUUCCUGCAAUUUACCAUAUUUAUCAUAUGGAAGGCUAUCUGUACUACGUUUCUGACCUUUUCGAUCUCCUUUUUUUCUACUCAUUUAUUACAAGGCUCAAUUUAUUACUGAAUCGACAUCGAUUUAAAUACCAAAGGAAUGUUGAUGGUAUGAUUUAACUGUUGUAGAGUUUAGAGAUGACUUAUGAUAUUGUUUUUACCCUGAGGAAGUUGAACUAACUUUCCUUUAUAUUGAAUUGAAAAUUGUGAUUGUUUGAUAAUAAAAUGCUCAUCAAUUGAGCAAUAUUCAAAAUUUA